AUGACGAAUAUUACCGAAAUAUCAUCUAACGAUGAUGAUUCCAUCGGAAUGAAGGCUUUAAAAGAAAAUAUGAUUCAAUCUGUGGUAGAUUUCUCUUUUCUUGAAAUUCUUCAAGCUGAUGAUGAUUUUAUAAAAAAAAAAAUGGAUCAAAUUUCUGUUCAGCGUAAAGAAUUUAAAUCUUUUUCCGAAAACUCAAUAAAACAAAGUAAUGCAAUAUUUCUUCAUGCUGAUGACUUGAUUGUAUUUGCUGACAAUUGUCAAGAUACAACUAUUAAAAUUUUUCGUUAUAAUGAAGAGAUUGAGAGAAAAGAACGAGAACAAAUCGAAAAAUUUACUAAACAAAAAGAUGCUUCGGAUGCAUUCACAAAGGCAUUCGGAGUUGCUACUUUAGGCGGAAUUGUUUUAGGAAUUGUUGGUGCUGCUGCAUCCUUACCUUUAACGGGCGGGACCACAGUCGCUUUACGUGUUAUUAAGGUAGCAUUAACCGCCACAGGUAUCACUGGAAGCAUUACAAUGGGUUCUAAAGUUAACUCUAUAAGACUCGAUUAUCAAUUGAAGAGUAAUAGAAGUACAAUUUCUACUCAUUUACAAUCUAUGUUGAGUGGUCUUUCAAAAAUAAUGGAUCUUUUGAGUAAAUUCGAUUCUUAUUGGGUGCAGCAGAUUAAUAUAUUUCAAUGUAUUAUUCUCAAGCUGGAAAAAAAUAAUGUACAUGGAAACCGCUUUAAGAAACUUGUAGCGAAAUCACUUGCCUCAAAGUCUAAAGAAUUACGUAAGGAAGCAAAAGACUUUACCAUUGUUAUUCGAGCUGUUUUGGAUCGAGAUGCAAUGAUUACGGUAAAUAAAUGUACUUGUUAG